UACGAGAUAGAUAAAUAACACGUAUAUUCUUUACUACGUUGGAUAUACCUAUGAAUAUGAGCCUUUCACUGUAAUCGUUUGUUUUUGUAAGAUUGAGUCAUCGAAAAUAAGUAACAUUAAAUUCCGAUCAUCAUUACGAAUAGAAUCAACGAUUUAGUAAUAUUCUUAAAAAAAGUGUUAACGAAUAAAAUGGAAUAUUCGUUAUACAAUUGCAGUAUUAAAUAAUUGUUUCAGUGUGUAGUGAGAGGUUACAUUGAUAUGCUAAAUUUUAUUUCAUUUAUUAUAUCUAAAACAAUGGGUCAGCUCCAAAAUGCUACAUCUUCUACGAGAGUUGCUUACGAUGAAAAUGGUAAUAAUGGUUUUGUUUUAUGUGACAAGUAUAUACCUGAAGAACUAUUAGCAGAAUUACUUUGUUACGUUGAUUACAAAUCACUGCUCAACUGUCAAAUUGUAUGUAAAAGAUGGAAAGUUUUAAUCCAAGAAUAUGUUUGGCGAAAAAAGGCUGAAAUGAUCUUUGGCCAGUCACUUCAAUGCAUUAAGGACAUGCCAUGGCCAGUAUAUUAUGUAAUAUGUAAAAAAAAUCCAUUCGAUAAAAAUCUAGUUAAGAAUCAUUCUGGUCAGAAUGGAUUAAAAAAAGACUGGCAAAUUGUUAGUCAAGGAGGAGAUCAUUGGAAAGUGGAAAAUCCUCCUAAUGGAGUACCUCCGUUACCUGAUGAUCCUGUUUUCGAAGGACAUCAAAGUUGUUUUGUCACUAGUUAUUUUACAUGUACUAAAAGACAAAUCAUCAACCUAGUUGAAGAAGGAUUGUCGCCUUACUUGUUAGACACGUUUCAACCUCCUAUUGUGGUAAGUGAAUGGUAUAGUUGCAGAUGGGAUUGCCCUGCAUCAUACGAAUGUUUCAUUGCCCUCCUAGAUGAAAAUAAUAAAACACUUAAAUCUCACAAAUUUCGUGAUAUUCUUGAAGGAGAUGAGAAACAGAAUAAAUGGCAUCAUUUUACCUAUGAAUUUACAAACUAUGGAACUGGCGUUAAACAAAUUUUAUUUCAAGACGGUGGAUGUGACUGCCUUUUUUGGGCUGGCCAUUAUGGGAGUAAAAUGGCUGGAGCUUCAGUAGUAGUUAAAGUUAAACCGAAUAAAUUAUCUUCAACUACUGUUUCAGAACGCAAACAUACUGAUAAUAAAGAGCCAUUGGCUGUGAUUGAUCAUACAAAUAAUUUAUAACAAAAAA